UAUGGUUACAGUUCCCGAAAUUACCACAUGUCCAGCCUCUAGUCCUGAAGAGAGCGUUCUCUUUGGAUGUUCCAAGUAUCACUCAAGUCGUUUUUCAUGGAUCAGGAAGCACUGGACACGAUGAUUCGUAGAUACAGCAGAAGCUUGUAUUUGUAUGCGUGAAAUUAAAAGCCUCAUCCCACUGGCUGCUAUGAUCUAGCUAGUGAAGCGUUCUUUUCAUAUUAAAUUUAACAAAAACAAUAUCAAUUUUUGAUCUUUAUUUAAGUAGUUAUUUUACUUGUAAUUGUUUAUGGUUGCAUUGUUGGGAACCUAUUAUUUGCCAGCCAGCCACACAGCGGCAAGCUGGCCAGUUUGCCGACGUUUUAUGGAUUGAUUCCCAGCUCUCUAACGGUAACGUUAUUAGCGGGUAGCCGAGUCCAAGGCAAGGGACAGCUGUUUUUAAUCCUAGUUUUUUAAUCCCUGUUUUUACUUGUUAAAGAAGAUGAAGAUAACGGUGGAAUUCGAGGAAUGUCUCAAAGACUCUCCAAGAUUCAGGGCCACUAUAGAGGAGGUGGAAGGGGAUGUUGGAGAGUUGGAGUCCAAACUCGACAAGCUGGUGAAGCUAUGCAUCGGGAUGAUCGACGCUGGCAAGGCUUACAACACGGCAAACAAACAGUUUGUCAAUGGAAUCCGCGAGCUCGCUGCGAGCUCCACCAAAGAUGAAGUCAUUGAGUCCAGUCUCACAACGUUUGCUGAGAGUCUGCAGGAGAUGAUCAACUAUCACACGAUUUUGUUUGACCAGGCCCAGCGAUCGAUUAAGACACAGCUUCUAACAUUUGUCAAAGAGGACCUGCGGAAGUUCAAAGAGGCUAAGAAGCAGUUUGACAAGGUGAGUGAGGAGAAGGAGGCGGCGUUGAACAAGAACGCCCAGGCGCCGCGCAACAAGCAGCACGAGGUGGAGGAGGCCACCAACAUCCUGACGGCUACGCGCAAGUGCUUCCGCCACAUCGUCCUUGACUACGUCCUCCAGAUCAAUGUACUACAGUCCAAGAGAAGAUCGGAAAUUCUCAAAUCGAUGCUGUCCUUCAUGUACGCCCACCUGACCUUCUUCCAUCAGGGUUACGACCUUUUCAGUGAACUGCAACCGCUGAUGAAACAGCUGGGGGGACAGCUGGACCUGCUGGUGGUGGAUGCAGCCAAAGAGAAGAGGGACAUGGAGCAGAAACACUCCACCAUUCAACAGAAGGACUUCUCGAAUGACGACACCAAGCUGGAGUACAAUGUGGACGCAGACAAUGGCAUUGCAAUGGAGGGCUACCUGUUUAAGAGGGCCAGCAACGCCUUCAAAACAUGGAACAGGCGCUGGUUCUCCAUUCAAAACAAUCAGCUAGUUUACCAGAAGAAGUUCAAGGAUAAUCCCACAGUGGUGGUGGAGGACUUGCGGCUAUGUACAGUCAAACACUGUGAAGAUAUCGAACGCCGCUUCUGCUUUGAAGUGGUGUCACCCACCAAGAGUUGUAUUAUGCAGGCUGACUCUGAGAAGCUGAGGCAGGCUUGGAUCAAAGCUGUCCAGAACAGCAUCGCCACUGCCUUCAGGGAGCAGGGAGAGGACGCUGAGAAGCUGGACCGGAGGUCUUCCACCUCCACAGGCAGCCUGGACUCAGGCGGCGAGCCCAAAGAGAGGUCACUGAAGGGGGAGAGCGCCCUCCAGAGGGUCAUGGUCAUUGGGGGCAACGCCUGCUGCUGUGACUGUGGCCAACCUGACCCACGCUGGGCCAGCAUCAACCUGGGAAUCACCCUCUGUAUCCAGUGCUCUGGGAUACACAGGAGUCUGGGGGUCCAUUUCUCCAAAGUGCGCUCGCUCACCCUGGACUCAUGGGAACCGGAACUACUCAAGCUGAUGUGUGAGCUGGGUAACGGGGUCAUCAACCAGAUCUACGAGGCUGGGAGAGAGGAGCUGGGAACCAUGAAGCCAAAGCCGACAGACCCCAGACAGGAGAUCGAAGCCUACAUCCGGGCCAAGUACGUGGACCGGCGUUUCGUGCAGCGCCCUUCCAAUGAAGAGUUACGCGCCAAGGUGGUGUCCCUGGCCAAGCAGGAGAAGAAGCUGAGCGGCAGCACAGAGCACCUGCCCCCCCGGCCGCCCCCGCCCACGCCCAAACUCCGGCCCUCCUCCAAUGCCUCAGGUCAGUCAGUAAGAAGUGCAGACAGUGGCAUCCAGAACAGUGCAGAAGGAAGUAGGGAGAUGCUAGCCACCAACAGCCUGGCUGAAGCAGCUGCCGAGGCGCCCCCCAUGGCCAUGCCUGCCACCCUGCCCCCUCCAUCGCCCUGUAAGGAGCUGGUGGUGUUCUCGGAGCCCAAGGAGUACUCCCCGGGCCUGCAACUGUACUGGGCCUCGUGUGCCCGCAGCCUGCCCGACAUGGCCGAGGCCCUGGCCCACGGAGCGGAGGUCAACUGGGUCAACACCGAAGACGACAAGAGGACCCCGCUCAUCAUGGCUGUGCAGGGGGGCUCGUUGGUGACCUGUGAGUUCCUGCUCCAGAACGCAGGAAACGUGAACCAGCAGGACGCCCUGGGCCGAGGACCCCUCCACCAUGCCACCAUCCUGGGACACACCGGUCAAGUGUGUUUGUUCCUGAAAAGAGGAGCCAAUCAGAACGCGGCAGACAUUGAAGCGAAAACGCCCCUAUCCAUGGCAGUGGACGCUGCCAAUGCAGACAUCGUCACAUUACUGCGAUUGGCCAAGAUGAACGAGGAGAUGCGGGAGGCGGAGGGGCCCUACAUGCAGUCAGGAGAUGAAACCUACCAAGACAUUUUCCAGGAUUUUUCCCAGAUGGCUUCAAACGAUCCGGAGAAGCUGAACCGCUACCAGCAGUAUGACUCGCAGCAGAGGCCAUGAGACGACCUGGAAGUCUGGGGAAACCGACUGGGCUUUUUCCUGGUCAGUGCUGUACUCAGCACGAGUAUUGGAGGGUCUGUUUCACCUGAACCUCAAUGGUGAAGGUGUCUGUUGUAUAUCACUUUUAAUGGGUCUAAAAUUGUACAUUUUAAAGUUUAAAAUGUAUACAUUUUAUUGAGGCUGGAUGGCUCAGGAUUGUGAACUUAAACAAUGUUUUAUGAGACUCUGGACCGGCGCCCAGUUUGUAAAACAGUUCACAUUUGAACCUGAAUGGUACAGUAUUAUGCUUUUUACAUAAUGGGACAGUUUGGUUCAAAACAUAACCAUAAACAAAAUCAAGUCGAGUCAUAAUUGUCUAUUCUGAAUUCAUAUAAACCAAAUAGACCACUCAUCACCACCCAAAUAGACCACUCAUCACCACCCAAAUAGACCACUCAUCGUGUCUUUUGAAGUUUAGUAGGCUUUUUACAUGUAGAUACUUUUUUAAAUAUAUAAAAUACACAUUUUAUUUGUGCUAUCAAUUUGCUAAAAUCGUCCCAUUUCAAUGUGGUGUUUUGUUGAUUAUUAAGCAGCACCUUUUGUGAUUUUUGGCUAUAGUAGUGUGGUUUCACAGCAUUGAUCUGUUGUAUAUAAAAAUGCAAAUGAGACUCAUUAUGUUAAAAAUGAAAGUUAAUGUUGAUGGCCGACCCCCCCCCCCCCCCCCCCAGGUAGUUGACAUAUCCUGCCACCUUAAUUAUUUGCACAAAGUCCCACUUUCCUCGUCAACACUGUUCUGUAUGGUGAAACGUUGAAGUGUCAGUUGGCGUGACGUGCUCAUGUUGUCGAAGGGUAGGUUUGUCACUCUUGAAAAACCCUUCAUGUGGCUCAUGCACAGAUGUUGAUUGUGGGUAUUUUGCUGUUGAAUUUUUGAGGCAAUACUUUUGUUUUGUGUGAUUUUUAAGAUCUGAUUUUCCGUGUUUGUCACCAAGGCCAGUUCUUUGUUUGUUUGUGAAGGAGGGUAAUCCGUUAUUUUUUUUGUGUGUGUGUGAGGAAGACAAGCCUUAUGUUUUAAAGUAUUUCAUAUUCAAUCUUGUUUUAGACCAGAAAUAAUGACUGUUAAAAAGAGGAAAGAUUGCAUGUUAGGCCCUUUCUGUACAUGUAUGUUUGAAUUUAUUGUAGUAUCCACUUUCUGACAUGUCUCACUAUCUUAUUUUAAACAGUAUUAUAGCAUCCUGUUCAUUGGAUGGCAAAAAACGACUUCUAUAAAAUAUACCUUGUUUAUUAGUAUAGCAGUGUAUUAGAUACACUAACAAGCAUGUACCACCUUCCUGGAUACAUACUACUGUGGCAUUGCAAUUGCAAUAUGGGGAGCUCUCUUAGGCCCUGGUUAUACUUGGUGCUAAUGCUCUCUUAGGCCCUGGUUAUACUUGGUGCUAAUGCUCUCUUAGGCCCUGGUUAUACUUGGUGCUAAUGCUCUCUUAAGCCCUUUUAAUACCUGGUGCUAUCAUUUGCCUUUUGUCCUGAUCUUGUCCACAUUCUGAUAGUGCCCACAUUUUUAGAUGGGUGUAGAUGAUUAAAGCAACUGAUUGUGAUCAGAUCCUUCUUACCACUUCUGGAGGAGGUCUGUGUAAACAGAUCUGGAUUGUCAAACCAUUUAAAUCCACCCUCAAAUCAUUGACAUAGGGCACCAUGGACUAAAGGCAUCAAUAUUGGUCUAUAACGUAAAAUACAAAUUAUUAUUUUGAGACGAUGGCCCGGAAGGACCAAUCUAGUGAUUGGAUCAGAUCACAUGUAAAUGAAAUGUGUAACUAGGGAUUUCCUUGAUUUUUAUUGGACUCUUAACUUGUAAACUCUGCCCACUGAGCUUUCAUCCAACCAAUCAAUUUGUCCCAACUACUUCCGUAGGUGGUCAGGAAGAUCUGAUCAGUGUUUAAGUUUUUUGUUAGCACCAGAUAUAAACUGGGCUAUUCUUAAAUAAAACAUGGGAUACAGAUCUUGUACAGCUUUUGAAUAUGCAUAAGUUAAAUCUAAAGUAGUGGUACUUGAAUCAUUAAAUAAUCGCUUGUAAAUGCUGAUAAUAUAAAAAGAAAAUUACAAGAUAAAAUUGUCUCCCUAUACCACUCAGAUAUGCAUAUUAUCGAUAUAAUUAUGGACUAUAUUACAUUUACUGCAAAUCAUGGACUGAAUUUCUUACUGUUUGUUGUAUUGAUUUUAUAAAGCAAUUUCUCGUUCUGAUUGUCUGUUUUAUUACAUUAAAGGGAUACUUCAC